CCCUAAAUAUUAUCGGACUGUAAUAUUAUUGGAUAGAUUAUCAUGAAAAAUAUGUGCAAAUAAUACUAUAUCCAUAAUUUUUAUGACCUGUAAUUUUAUUAGCAGAAAUAUUUUUCAUUGAUAAUAUUAUUGGGUAUAAUAUUAUGACUAGAUGAUAUUAUUCACCAACAAUUAUGUUUGUAACAUUGUCGGUGAGUAAAUAUAAAUUGUAUAUGCGUAUAUACAAAAAAUCUCAACUGAAGAAGUACCUAGAAGCCAGAUAGCUGAGUUGAAAGAGCACCCAAUGCAUAAUCGGAAAGUCCCUGGUUUGAAUCCCGGUCUCGAGUUUCCGUCUUUUCAGUAGAAUUAGAUCGAGAAUAAUCCUAAUUCCUAUCCUACCAAAUCCAAAAAUCCCAACCAAGAAUUUCCUGUCACGCAUUAUGCAAUGAAAAUAUCCGAUAAACAAUUUGUACGCGUUUCAAAUCCCAAAACUAUAAUUAGAAAACAUCAAGUACUCGCGCUUCGCGCUCGUGAUUUUUAAACUGGAAAACUUGACACGUUCAUUUGUUUGCAACGAACCUAUCGGGAAAUAUCCGAUAAUUUCGGAGCUCUUGUGGUAUUAUAUGCGAUAAUUUUUUGAAUAUUUUGGUAAACAAACGACACUUAACCAAAUAAACCUCUUUUCAUGUCAUGGUACAAUUCUCUUGGCCGAAAUUUGGAUAGGAAAAAUAAUCCCCUGAAUACCACUCGAGCUUCAAAAUUAUAGAAUAUUUCCCUCUAGGUUCCCUGCAUACAAAUGAAGUCGUCAAGUUUUUCAGGAAGAAUCACUCGUGAUUUUUUAGCCUGAAAAACUUGACUCCUUCAUUUGUUUGCAACGAAUCUAUCGGGAAAUAUUCGAUAAUUUUGAAGCACUUGUGGUAUUAUAUGUGAAAAUUAACAGAAAACAAAGAAAUCGCUGUCAAUGUAUUUGUGAAUUCGGGGAACAGUGACACCGAAGUCCAUUUAGGACAAAAAAUCAGGAAAUUUACAAUUUCAUUGAAAAAUCAAGCAAAUUGAUCUCCAAUAUUCAUAUUAGAGUAUAUAUUUAAAUAAAUUACAAAAUUCUCAUUUUCGUACCUCUUAAAAUUCGUGAAUUUUACGGAAGGAUAAGUUAGACCGGAGAUUUCAUGAUUUUCAAAUGGGUAAAAAGCAUUUGAUGCAACUGGAUUGGUAAUUCCCAGUGAACUAUCCAGAUAUUAAUAAAAAGGUUUUAUUAGUAUUGUUCAUCAUAUUGUUAUAUCCAGCGAAGAAUAAAGACGACACAGGUUGACAAAUGUUUGGCGCGGUUUAUUAGUUACAAAGAGUAUUACGAUGUGACACGUCAGAGCUCCGAAGAGAGACACACAAGACUAAUGUUAAUCCAAAAGACAGUCGUGAUUCUGACCAAGUUCAGAUCAUAGACAAAUGAAUGAAUCUUCGAAGGGUGACACGUAACACUACUCCCCUCCGCAAAAAGAUUGCCGCCCCGGCAAUCACACCAGGGACUAUUUGAGGUAUUACAACUCUAGGAUUUGUUGCUUCAAUUUAUGACAAACUGAAAAAUUCAAGCGUUGCAAGAUCCUACAUAGGGAGGGCCCCAGUCUGUUCUUUAGCUAAAACCUCCCAGAAAUCAACGCUAAAGAACAGCCGAUUAAUAUUUGUUUGAUUCUAUACAAUCAUAAUUUAUCGAAAGUGUUUGUUACAAUUUUCAAUGGGUUAUGUUGAGCAAGAGGAAUAAAUUGUUCUUAAUUGACUUAUUCAUUAAGGGUGUGAAUGUCAGGAUUUGACUCGAACUUUCAUUGUUCAUUUUCUGAAACAGCAGAAUGGUUCCCCUGAAAAUUUCCGUUAUGGGUACAGUAUCUGAAAACAACUCAACACAGAGAUUUCCUCAAAUUAGAAAAGAAAAGAAAAACAUUUAAAUGAGAAUGUCAUUCAAUGAAAAUAACAAGCAACUACUUUUCCAAAUUACUUGUCUGCAAACAAUUACUAGCAACUAGUUUAUAAGCAACUACCAAAAAUUCAAACUUCACAAGAUUGCAGUUUUUCGAAAGCUUUCGAAAUUAUUACAUUCAUUAUGCAAAAAUGAGCGUAUAUAAUUCAUUUUGACACAUACACACAUUCAUUCAUCCUGAAAUAACUCAAAGGUGAUAGAGUAAAGUGAAACAGGUAAAAAUAAAUAAUCAGGUCAGUCUGCUUCAACAGACACAAGUAAUGAGGCCCGUCUGCUACAACAGACAUAAGUAAUCAGGCCAGUCUGCUACAACAGACAUAAGUGAUGGGGCCCGUCUGCUACAACAGACAUAAGAAAUGAGGCUAAUGAAGGAUAAUAAUCAUUCUAGAUCAUCAUGUUCCAUUGGCCACAGACGGUUGACAUGUACUAUUUUGAAUUUACCUUUAGGGAAUUUCUGAAUUUGAUACACAACAUCAUUUAGUUUGGAACGGAUCACAUAUGUUUUCUCCCAACUUCUUUGAAUUUUUGGACAGCGAUCUUUGACUCUCUUGGGAGCAAAGAGCCAAACUCUCUGACCAGGUGUAAAGUAAAUCAUGUGAGCUUUUAAAUCAAAUUUAGAUUUCAUUUUGUCGCUUUUGAUUUUCCAAUUUUCUCUGACUUGAUUAUGUGUGUUCACUAAUUGCUCUUGCAACUGAUCUAUGUAAUCAGGUAAAUUAACGAGAUUGUUAGAGUUAUUGAAUGAUGGGUUACCAUGAAGCAAAUCUAGAGGAAGUCCCAAUUCUCUACCGAACAUUAACUUUGCUGGAGUGAAUUGGGUGGUUUAAUGCUUAGAGGAACGAUAUGCGAGAAGGAAUAAUGGAAGCCACUCGUCCCAUGAAUUUUAAUUGUCAUUGAUAAAUUUAGCGAGGUAGUUAAGGAUAGUUCUGUUUAAACGCUCAACCAUACCAUUGGAUUGUGGAUGCAAUGGGGUCGUACGCGUUUUAUGAAUACCUAAUAGCUUCAUAAGUGAGUUGAAAAUUCCGGAUUCAAAAUCUCUUCCUUGAUCGGAGUGGAUUUCUAGAGGUAUUCGAAAACGUGAAACGACAUGGACUACCAAAGCUUCAGCGAUAGUAGCUGCCCGAUGAUUUGGAAGUGGGAUUACUUCAGGCCAACGAGAAAAAUAGUCAGUGACUGCAAGGACGAACCGAUUGUUACUAAUUGUUCUUGGUAAAGGACCUCAAAUGUCAACUGCUAUUCUCUCAAAAGGAAAGCCGACAUUAUAAAGCUGUAAUUCUCUUCUGGCUCGUUGUGCUGGGCCAUCUCGAUUGAAACAAACAGAACAUCUGCGGCACCAAUUCUCAACAUCAAUUUUACAAGAAGUCCAAGAGAAACGUUUCCGAAUAUUAUCUAGCAUUUUGUUGACUUUGAAAUGGCCACCGAGGGGAGAAGAGUGUGCGGUCUUGAGUAUUUCUUUUCUCGAAGAAUUAGGAACAAUAAUUUGAAGAGUAAUUUUGGAUUUGUCGUUGGAUCGACGGUAGAGAGCACCACCUAUCAAUUCGAGAGAAUCCCAAUAUAGAAGGUAGAGCUUGACAUCUGAGCCAAGGUGAGAGAUUUCAUGCCAGUCAGGACGUUGAUUCCGUUUUUUUGAAUCGAUCAACAUGCGGAGGAUUGGAUCUUGAACCUGCAGAGUGGACCAAUUGCCGUCAUCAGUAGUGAUCCAAGUUGUUCGAAAAAUGCGUUUCUCUUCUUCCUCGUUUCUUGUAUUGAGUUUUUCACAUUUUUUACAAGAGCAAGGACGUCUCGACAAACCAUCAGCAUUUCCAUGAAGAUGGCCUGGUCUUUGAGUAAUUUCAAAAUCGUAAGUGAAUAGAAUUUCGAUCCAACGAGCUACUUGGUCUUGUGGAUUUUUAAAAGAAAGAAGCCAUUUUAAAGCUGCGUGGUCUGUUCUAAUUAAGAAUUUUCUUCCGAGAAGAUAAUGACUGAAAUGCUCGACAGAUACAACUACAGCUAAUAGUUCCCUACGAGUGACGCAAUAAUUUCUCUCAGAUUUGUUUAGACAUUUACUGAAAUACGCAAUGACUUUUUCUUCGUCAUUCUGAAUUUGGGAAAAGGUGGCUCCAAUGGCGAAUAAUGAUGCAUCAGUAUCUAGAACGAAAUCGCCAUUGGAAAUUGGGAUCGAUCGAAUCGGUGGAGAGGUUAGGCCGGAUUUUAAUUGAUCAAAACUAGCUUGAGAUUCAGGGGUCCAUUUGAAGGGAAUUCGAUCUCCAGUUAGAGUAUGUAAGGGCUUAGCAAUGGCAGCAAAACCUUUCACGUAUUUUCUGUAGUAGGAGUAUAAACCAAGGAAACUUCUGAGUUGACGUUUAGUUUUAGGAAUUGGCCAAUCUAUAAUAGAUGAAAUUUUGUCCAGAGAGCAUUUGAUUCCAUUUCUUGAAAUUAUGUGACCCAAAUAAAGCACUUCGUGUUUGAAAAAUUUACAUUUUUUGGUGUUCACUUUUAAGUUAGCUUCAGUUAAUCGAGAGAUUACUAAUUUGAGAUUGGGUAAAUGUUCGUCAAAAUUAUGACCGAAAACAAUGAUGUCAUCUAGAAAUACGCGACAAAUUUUCCCAUUCAAGCCUCGUAAAACCUCAUUCAUUAUUCUAACGAAGGUUGCAGGGGCGUUGCAAAGACCAAAAGGGAGAAUUUUGAAUUGCCAUAAUUCAUCGCCAAUUGCAAAAGAAGUUUUCUCUUUAUCUUUAGGAUCCAGUUCGACUUGCCAAUAUCCGCUUUUUCAGUCGAUUGUUGAGAACCAAGAAGAUUCGGAGGCAGCAUCAAAAAUUUCUUCAUCGCGAGGUAAAGGCAUGGAAUCUUUUUUGGUGAUGUUGUUAAGUUCGCGAUAAUCGACACAAAAACGCGGGGGGUUUUUAUCAUCUUUUUUCUUAACUAGGACAACAGGAGAAGCCAAAGGACUGUAGCUAGGUUCAAUAACCUGUUGUUCUUUCAUUUCCUCAAGGAGAUCAAAAACUUUGUCGCGGUAAUGGAAUGGGACUCUGCGAGGAUUUUGUUUGAUUGGAUUCGAGUUCCCAGUGUCGAUUACGUGUUUAGCUCCUGGAUAUCUCCCUAAGUCAGUAGAAUUGGAGGAAAAGCGCUCUUGAUAAGUUAGAAGAAAGCUUUUGAAUACUCUCUCUGUUCUUUUGGAUUUAAUAACUCACAUGAAUUUUCAAAUAGUUGAAGCAAAAAUUCAGGAAUAUUUGGGGAAAAUCCAGAGAUUCCUUUCGAAAUCUUUCGUUUGAUAAAAACCGUUUUCUUAGGGUUAUCAAUGUCAAAUUUUCUCUUAGCAAUCGACUGGAAGUCUUGUAAGAGGCCAGAUUUGUAGAGAAAAUCUAAGCCAAGAAUACAAUCUUCUUUUAUAAUUGCGAAGACCGCGUCAAGAACAAUAGAAAAAUUUCCGAUGGAAAUUUCAAUUUUUGUGAUAGCUUGAUAAGGGAAAUGUUCGACAGAAACAGUGAUAAUACUGAUCCUUCUGGUAGAGUUUUUUAGACCAGUCAGAUUGUUGUUCAAAAGUUUAGGGUUAAUUAAUGUAAUGUCACUAGCUGUGUCAAUUGUCAUAAAGCAAGAAUGAUCAUUAAUUUUUCCUUUCAAUUCCAAAGCAAGAAUUGGAUCUUGAGUUUCAUUUUUCACCUGAAAACAUCUAGAAAUAUUGAAAUUUGGUUGAGUCAAUUCGUCCCCCAACGAAUCGACUCCAUUAAGUUUUCCGAAUGUGUCUGGGUGUUAGCAGAUCCAUUUCGGUUUGAAUGUUUGUUAUUAUUUGGAAAUUUUGAUUUGAAAUUUCUACUGCCAUUAUUAAAAUGAUGGUAAGGAUGGUGAUUGACCCGAGUUGAGUUGAAUUCUUGUGUGGGAUUAUUGUGAGAACUCCUAGGACUAUUCUGAUUUGGAUUACCAAAGCUCUUGCAAUGCUUAGCGAAUUGACCAAAACUGUGACAUUUGUAGCAUCGUAUAUUCGUUUCCGUAUUGAAAACUUUCUUAUGCCUGUCAUGUUUUGAUGAGAGAUCGCGAUAAUCCAUUUGCGAUCGAAAAUGCGAUGAAUUUUGAAGUUGGCGUUUGUUAAUCACAGAGUUGGAAAUAGAACUCAGCUGAGUUGCGCGUUCAACUGCACGUUGGAAAUUUUCAAUAUCCUCAGAUUUUAAUGUAAAUUCCAUUUGUGGGUUAUUGAUUCCAUCGAUAAAGGCGCGGCAGGCAGCACGAUCACGUUCUUCCUCAGAAAAACUUGAAUAAGCCAAACGGCUAAGUCGAUCAAUCUCUUCUGAGUAAGUGACGUAGCUUUCACUUUUUUUCUGUUUCUUCGAAGGGGGACACGUAACAAUAUUAACAAAAUGAGUCAUUUUCUUACUCCGAAUCUAUCGCGUGUUCGUUUCUCUCCCAUGUCUCUUUCCGUCCGACUGCCCCACCACGCGCGCCAUCCCAUCCUUUUUCCUGUCGCUUUUUCGUUACAUACGUUACAUACGGGCAUUUACAGCCCAACGAGCGCAAAGAAGUUUCACUUCAAUAAGCACUCACGGUUCAAAAAGAUACACUUGUUUAUUGUAACAGAAAAUAAUGAUGAUUUAGGGACCUCCGACGAGGUGUUUCCCAUACGCGGGGUGUUUCGAAACUGUCUCUACAAUUAGAGGUCUUUCGCGUUGGACAUGAGAUUGGAAGGGAGGAAUAUUCAGGGAAGGGGCAGUAGGGGCAAAAAAUGAUUGGGUCCAUUCCCCAAUAAAGAAAAUCUAGAGGGUAAAUUCAUGAGGGAUUUUGGAUGGGUAUUCUAAUAAAAGGGAAAGGUGAUGGCAGAGUAUGUAAAGAGUAUGUCAUAAAAGAAGGACGGGCCACGAGGGAUAUUUUGGGAAUUGGGACGGGGUUGGUAAGGUGUGCGAGGGUCUGAGGAAUGCCCAUUAUCAAUAAUACGAAAAUUAAUAUUAGUGCUAAUGGUUGGAAUUGAAGCUCAAAUAUCUAAGAAUUCAUCCUGUAUGAUAUGUUUUUGUGGUUUUUAUAAUUUGACACGCAACAGCUGCCAUAUAAAAGCGUUAGAAUCAACCAAAUUCAAGUUCCAGUUUUAGAAUCCUAUAUCAACUCAUUAUGAUUCAAAAAGUCCGAAACCAUGAUUUUUAGAUCGUGCUUGUAUGGAUGUGCAUGUAUUCGUUUUUAACACAAGUUUUUUGAACAUUAUUCGCCAAUCGGUUGAUGGAUUCGAAUAUUAUUUUCAAUUGCAGGUAUGCUUGAGGCCUAUUAUUUAAUAUGACAGAAAAUUUAAUUCUGUGGGACUCUUAUUGAAGAGUCAAUAGUGGAGAUGAAUAAGUGUGACGAAUCAUGGAUGCUCAACCUAUAUGAGUUGAAUUGAUAGAUUUAUUGGCACAACGAUAAAUCAGCAGGACGUGUUCACAACUCUGUCUUGACAAAAGAGAUUUGUAAAACCUCACCUCAAGCUGCUACAUAACAGCACCGAUAAAGCAAAAAUGAAUGAAUGAUUUACCGUUAUAGGUCGAUAAUAUAGACUUGGUAACGAUCAGAAAUAAAGAUCGGUAUUUCAUCUGAUAUUUAAAUUGGAUUCCCCACCGAUUUAUUCGUUAAAUUGAAUUGUAAAUUUAUGAUUGUUUUCCAAAAAGCGCUUGUCUCACAACAAUGAAAAAGAAAAAUCGGAAAAUGAAUUGACUAAUGUCUUUAAAUCAUUCUUGGAAUAUUUGAUUGACCGAGCUGACAAAUGGUACGUAUGGUUCCUAUCUGUUAUUUAUUUUCAGGAAAAUGUAGGAUGUUUUCGGUUUUUUUUAAAUUACAAUUACGUGAAUAUCCAUUGUACGUCUCAUGUAGUUUAUACUGCAAUCAAUGAAACUAGCCCCUCAUUGUAGUUCGGAUGAGUUGGCUUUAUGUAUGGCUAUAAAGAAUGGCAAUUGACCUGCUAGCCACAAAAUAAUAUCUGUAUUUAGUGGAUACUCCACUUUGAAGUGCUUGGCACAUCUAACAAGUCAUAGGUGUUCGCUGAGUGAGAUAAUCUCGAAACCCGAAUUCUCGGAAGGGCGAAUAACCCUGGAAUAAAGAGGACACAACUCACUUAAAUACUGAAUUUCUACUUUUUAUUUUACAGAAAGAUUCUCAUUACAUCAAUCUUGAUAUAAAAAAGAACUUAAAGUUCGGAUACGAAACUGCGGGGAGUAUUAUUGUCGACCUGUUCUCGAUGAACUUGGUUAUGAAACCAAACAACUUUGGAAAUUUUAAAAUAGUUCGACAAAUUCAAAAAAAGGAAGGGAAGCGUGAGGAUUAAAUUGUAAGUUGUUCAUGACGGUAGAUGGAAAACUAUUUUUUCCGGGGAAAAUAUUCGGAUGGUAUGCAAGAAAUUUUAUGAUGAGCGGGACGGAACUAUGUUUGAGUAUGAUUUUAUAUGAUGGGGAAAUCCCAAUGGAAAAUCCCCAGAUAUAAGUAUGUGUAGAUGUCACUAUACAGGGUGUCCCAGAAUUGCACGGCCAGACUUUAAACUUAAGUUGGGGGUGAAAUUCUGGAUCGAAAAGUCCUGAGCGACUUUUUGAUCAGACGCACCCUCUUCAACUUAUUCAGGGUUGAAGUUGGACGAAUCAGGGGCGUGGAAUACCCGGUCGCACGACGGUGAGGAAAACAUACGAGUGUGGUGGUGUCCCCACCAUACCGUAGUACUCCCCUGCGGCUGCAGAAAGAGAUGACAGGCGGCGGUGGGUAAAAGGAAGGGGAGGGAAAUGAAAAAAAUGAACACCCGCCCGCUACAUAAAAAUUAUUUACUCCUGCCCUAAUUAAUGCCAAGGGAUGAAACCAAGGGCAUUCGAUGGAGGAAUAAAUUCCCCAUCGAUUGAGGCCCAUUAAAUCUCUUAAUCUAAUCGAAAAGGAGAAAAAAACAGCGUUGAAAAUUACAGCGCUGGAAAAAAAAACCCGGCGAUUUAAUUUUCUAAAGCCCCAUUGGCCCUGUAUGAGAUUUUCAUUUUUUCUUCCAGCGAAGGAGAAAAAAGAUAAACAAUCGCUGAUGAUUUUUUUUUUUGUGUUUAUUUUUUUCAUUUCCCUCCCCUUCCUCUUACCCAGCGCCGCCAGUCAUCUCUUUCUACCACCGCAGGGGAGUAGUACCGUAUGGUGGGGACACCACCACACUCGAACGUUUUCCUCACCGUCGUGCGACCGGGUAUUUCACGCCCCUGAUUCGUCCAACUUCAACCCUGAAUAAGUUGAAGAGGGUGCGUCUGAUCAAAAAGUCGCUCAGGACUUUUCGAUCCAGAAUUUCACCCCCAACUUAAGUUUAAAGUCUGGACGUGCAAUCCUGGGACACCCUGUAUAUCAUUAAUCUCAGUCCGCGAAAUUUAAAUUAAUCUUAAUUUUUAUAUUUUGAUCUGUUGAAUUUUUGGGGAUUUCCCCAAAUACAAAAUUCACUCUUUCUCCUCUGCUAAAUAUUGUCUAGAACUUUAUGGUGGGCCCCAAAUGUAGAAAAAGAGGGAAAAGUUUUUAUUACCCGUUUUACUUAGUAACAUUUGACGACAAGAAGUGGCCAUGGGGCCAUAAAAUAAAAACCUUUUUGGGGGUGGAAAUGUUUCAGUCCAUGAGGCCCAAAAUAUUAUUUCGGAGGGCAGUCUAUCGUUAGGAUCUUUAGAGGAACAUACCUCCUGGCAUAAGUUGAGCCAAACAUAGAAAUAAAAUAUAAAGUGUGCAAACUAAAAGUGUUACUUAUUUUAAUCCCAUAUUCCAAUAUAAUCUGUGUCGAAAUACGCAGAAAAAGUAGAUACAAUGGACAAUGAACAAUGAAAACAACACCACCAGUGUGGGAAAAAUCGUUACGCAUAAAUCUCAACAUCUUGAGUUUAACUUUCCCAUUUAUUUACCCGUAAAAUUCGUUGGAUAAACAUUUUCUCCCAACCUGAAACUUGAGAAGGAAAUCAUAAAUCUUCGAAUCAAUACAGUCUAGGUCGUAAAGUACUAGUUCUGUUUUUGCUCAUGUUUUGAUUCAACACGUGUGAGGUCUUCUUUGUCCAUUGUAUCGAAAGUUGAGGGCCUGAGUCCCUUGACAGAGAAAACGCGAUGUCACGCGUUUUCCUUUUCCCUGCUUUCCUUAUUCUACCCCUCUUCCCUUUUUCUUGACCAAGUUGCGUGCGCAACAUUUAGACUAGUGGGGGUUGUAGGACCCAACCCUUGGAAGAUUAGUUAAGUUUAGUUCAGUUCGAUUUUAACUUGUUUCAUUGCCCCUUCUCUCUUCAAAUAGUUAAUCGCCAAAUUUCAGUCUAGUUUUGGUUGUUAGUUUCUCUGAAUGUUUAUUAAUAUUUCGAGACUCAAUGUAAGAUUUGAAAGUUAUUGAAUAAAGUGUGUGUCACGUGCUCUCCUAACCACUGCUGUUUGGAUUGAUUUUAUUUACACCACCUAAAUCCAAUUAUUUCCUUUUAACGAGUUGACAUCGAUGGAGUCCUCAUUAGAGGUUUAGCGGCUAACGAAUUCCACGAAUUUAAAACUUGGCGCAAAUAUUCGUGAAUGGCGCCACCGUCCUACUAGUGACUUGAUAGGACAUAACAAGUAUACCCCGGAGUAACAUUCCGCGACGGAACAUUUUCCCCUGUUGCGAAGUAUUGAGAAAUAAUUGGAAUGUUUCUUGUCAAGAUUAACUAAUGUGGUUACGAUAUUGUGUUUUAAUAACGAUGAAUUAAAAGUAAUUCUUAUCAUGAGGUUUAAUAUCAUUCAAUAGAGGCGCGAGCUUUUUGACAUUUCGAUUGCAUAUUCCUUGAGAUGUUUUCAGAGUCACGAUUCGGAUGAUACUGUCUUCCCCAGGAUAUGCAUGGAUAACUCUGCUUAGAGCCUAUUAUUGCUCUGGUAGGUGGUCCUCCUUGAUGAGUGCCAUGGUACUCGAUGAAGUGCUCCCGAUUCAUCCAUUUUGACCGUAGGCUGAGCUCACUUAUAUAUUUGCGAUGACAGCGAGCCCAAAAAUCCUCUCUCAGCUUCUGCACAUGCUAUCAUGAUGCUAGUCGGUUACUUGGUAUUCCUUGGGAAUCGGGAAUGCGGGGACAGAUCAAGGAGUGGCGAAUUAACAAAUGUCCUGGAGUUGGAGCAAUCAAAUCGCUGGGAUGUGAUGAGAUUGGCAUAAUUGGCCGCGAAUUCAAGACCCCUUCGAUUGCGAUGACAAGUGUUAUGAUGGCUUCACGGCUGAGAAGUUCAUCGGUGAUGAUGCAUUUCAGGUGGUACUUAAAAGAUUUAACAGCCGCCUUCCAAAGGCCUCCAAAAUGAGGCGCCUGUGGUGGUAUAAAAUGCUACUGAAACGAUUUCGAUGACGUGCAGUUGUGUAUUUUGGCUUCGUUCUCUUCUCUUUUCAAAUCAUAUAUUUCUCUGAUUUCGUUGUUUGCUCCCGCAAAGUUAGUUCUAUUAUCUGAAUAGUGUAACGUGGUAGAUUUUUCUUAACUAAAAAGUCACCAGUCAAGUCGCCCUUUUUCCUUGACGUUCCGAAAACGGAACAAAUGCUCUGAAGGGCGCCAGUUGUUUUUUGUCCCGACGGAAACAACAAACCGAAAAACCUAACCGAAGCGGAUAACUCACGACGACGGACUAAAAACUUUAAUUAAAACAUAAACGUAAUAAACUUAAACUAAAGGGUGAAGGGAAAGGUGGUAAUUACUUACGCUGCUCAGGAUGUUGGUUGUGGAGAGAGGGUUGGUUCGGGGUAUGCUGGUCACAGGGCUAUUAAUUCAAUUAAUCCAAAUCCAACAAAUAUUCUAUUAUUCUUUACGGAACUAUAUUCGUUACGUUCCAACAAUAAUAAUCAUAAAUACCAUUUUCUAUAAUAUUCAAAAUUUUAAUAAGAAACGCAAAUAUAAUCCCUAUAAUUUCGUAAAGAGAGAUCCAAACUACUUUUAUUCGUCUAAUCUCAUUCAUUAUUCAUCAAAAGAACGGCAUAGAACAACAGAAAAUAUAACAAUGCUAAUGUCGAGCUAAAUACUAUUAAUUUACCCGAAAAUAACCUAAUGAGCAAUGAUUUCGACUCAUUCAUGAUUGGUACAUUAAAUAAAUUCGAACUGCAAAUUUCGAGGCGUCAUAAACGCAAUUAUAACGACAAAUCCUAACGCAAUAUAAUUUACGAAACAUACGGGCUCCGAGAGCAUAACAACAUCGAGUAGCUAGAACAAGCUCCGGGGAGUUGGCUACUCAUUAAUGAAAAUUAAUUAUUUAAUUUAGCCAGUUCGUUUGAUAGUCGUUACCUGGUGAUUGACAGACUACUUUUAUCGUUUGACGGAUUCAAUUAAUUUUUUAAUGGAUUUUUUAAAUAUUGGGAGCCAAAAACACGGACGUUGGCUCCCAAAAAAAAAUCGACGAAUUAAAUUUGACAAUAGCUCAAUCGAUGGGAAAUCGUUUGUAGGUGAUUGACAGUCGAUUGCCAGACUCCAACAAACGAAUCCUACACCCAAAACUUGACAAAAACUAUUUGGGGACAUAAAAAUAGCGUUGAGUCGGGAUUGCUCCGGAGUGGGGGAAAUCGCAUCAUGCUAACCACCAUCUUAUUUCUUGUGGGGUGCAGCCAGGUGGAUUUACUUUUUGGAGCACUCCAAAAGCAUUUUCCGGAAUUAAUUCAUUAACGUCGGUGAAAUUUGCAUGGAUACAAACCGAUUCUGUGGAUUGAACUGUUACUGACGGCGUACUCCUGCCAGUGGAAUGUUCUGUGAUCUAAAGUGAAAAUGUUGUGCCUGGAAAUGAGUAUGCCACAAGGUCAGUGGAAAAAGCGAACGAGCUACGACAAAAUGACCUGCAAGUACGUGGCACAAUUGGAGAAACAAGAAGAAGAAGGACAUGAUUCUACAUUAUUCUGACGUCUAUAACGCUGACCGUACUGAUGUCAGCGAUUCGCAGGAAAUUUCCAUGUUUCAAGCGGGAGAAUUGGUAGCUGGAAUCGAGAUGGGGGAUGAUAGAAUUAUCCACGUUCUCCAAACGUCCAGUUUUGAUUGUAUUUUAAAUGCAUUGUUCUGCAUCGCAACGAAUGACGCUAAUUACGCGGCGUUCAUUAAGAAUAUACAUGACGUCCCUAUUCUGGAGUUUAUCAUUAAGCUUCUUAAAGAUAGAAAUAUAGAGGAGGCUUACAGAACAAGGGCACUGAUGUUGCAAUCUAUGUGUGACAGUCACAUUAGUAAACUGGAAGAGGAAAGUUAUAACAAUGUACACAUAAGUAAUAUACGUGUCCAAGGUACGCCCGCACAAAUGUGGGCCAGCACAAUGACUGAAGGACCCAGUAUUUGGAAGAAAUUUCCGUGUAAUAUUUGAGGUUGUUACGUUGAGAAGCUACCAGUGAUCGAGGUCAAUGAAAAAAAAAGUCAAAGUCAUUCACCAAUUUCGAAAAAGCGGUCGAAUUUCACAAUUUACUCAAAAACGUUAAAUGUCUUCGUCAGUCAUGCCCUGAAUCGUGUGAGCUGCUAAAUGUACCAAAUUUCCAUUUGUUCAUUGAAUUUACAGUCACGAAAGUGCUCUCUUUAUCAAUUACCAACAACAAUUGUGAUUGAAUGUACAUUCAGAUUACCAGGGGUAAUAAAUCGGAAGAAUAAUAGAUAUGUUGUCUAUUGUUUACUAGACGGACGAUGGUCGUUGUAUGAUAACAGCUCCACCGUGAUCCAGACACCGUCCACCGUAGACAUUGGACUACUUUGUAUGAUAUACAUACUCGAGUCAUAACGUGGCAGAUCGCAAUUGUUUGAAAAUCACAAUACCUGUCCUCAGAUGUCCAGUUGACCCCUUUGCCAAUGUCUGGUUACCGACUCCAUCGGUAACAGGGAACUUUGUGCAACAAAGAAUAUUUUCCGUGUUCGAAAAUGACUAUUCUCAUUGGCAAGAAAAUUAUGUAUCGGGCAAAUCGUCCAUAAUGUUCACCGUUCUCUCAGUUCGUUAUGAUUCUUCUUCACUAUUAACCAUACUCUGGAUUGUGUUACAGGAAUUCGAGAUUUGAACGACUCCAAAGAGAACCAGCUCCCAGUUGCAUUGGCUUCGUUGCAACAUUUUCUUCAUCUUUCAAAUUCAAUGAAGCCAAGGGUGAUACGCAGAAGAGAUGUACCAGCUGAAUAAAUUUUUUUAUGCUAAUUUUGAUUUUUUUUAUUCAGUUACCCAUUCCCAUACACUUUUAACCAAAAAGACCAACAUUCAUCAAAAGUUCGGGUAUCGUAUGCUUGUACACUAUUGAAGAUAAAAUAGUGAAAUUCAAUCGAUUUUGGAAGAUAAAUAUUGUCGCUCCGAAAUAACAUUUUCCGUCAAAUAUGCACUAUUGUAGGUAUAAAAGAUUUAUCAAUGAGGGAUAAAUUGGUACAAUGUUAAUAUCGUAUAACAUUCGUGAAGCGACAAAUUAUUCAACAUCUAGAUCAGUUCCAAUGCAGCUAUUCGAUUAAUUGAUUAUCUAAAAGCAAUAAAUUUCUACUGUCUAAAUUACAAUCUCAAUUGUAUUAAUAUUUUGUUGAUCAACGACAGGACCUGCAACAUGAAAUAAUCACUGAAUGUGAAAUUAUUUAUUCAACAAAUGAUUCAAAGCUGAAAUAUCCUUG